AUGGCUGCCACCAGUCACACUCAGCUGGAGGCAGCCCUCUGGGCGUUGUUAAUGUCCCAGUUCUUUCUCUUGGGGUUUGCGCAAUUUGAGGCGAAACCAGCUGCCCUUGAUUGCAUCAAGACGACUCGCUUUCCUUUCGUCUAUACCACCGUUCUUACAAUCUACGCACCCGCCGAUGACCCAAUCACAAUUCCCUCACUGCGUCUCCCUGGAACAAGCUCUAUCGACAGCUCGGUCCCCGGCUUCACUCCUGUUCCCUUCCCGACCUUCACUUCCAAGGAGUCAACGGAUCGUAUUGGACUGCCUCCACCUUUGAGCUCCUCGGAAUCAUUGAGUGUGCCUCCUCCCGUCAGUCUCCCCGGCGCUCCCAGCUUCUCAGAGUCCGAAUCUUUGAGCUUGCCUCCUCCCAUCAGUAUUCCUGGCGCUCCCAGCCUCUCAGGGUCUUCAAAGUCGUUUUCCUGGAAGCUGCCUCCCGUGGACUCAACAACAAGCCGUCAGCCGAUCCCCGUCAUCCCAAGCCCUUCUGCGUCUUCCCAUCCAGUUGUACCCUUGCCCGCUCCUACCGCCUCAAGCACUCUGCCAGUCAACACCGGGAAGCCGACUCCCAUCCCUCACGACCCGGAGACAGGCCCCCGCCCGGUCCCCUCUGGUCGCCCAGCUUCUGGCUCAAUCGGUCCUUGGUAUGCACCUCCAGGAAAAUACACCACCGUCUUGCCUUUCAUCGCGACGACAACCGAGCCGGAUGGAAGCCGCAAGACCGCGAACGUUACAUGGCUUUCGAUCGACCUCCCUACCUCGACGACCUCAGACGGCAUGGUCAUUCCCACGGUUUUCCCUGUCUGGAGAUGUAUCUCCCUCAAUCUCUGCAACCCGAUCUGCUUGAUCCCCGAGAUCCAGUGCUACACCUCGCCUGAGAAAGACGACGGCUUCUCCUGGCCUAAAGCCCCUCCCGGCCUUGGCAAAGGUAGCAAAGGUGGCGAUGAUGAAGGAGAUGGGGAUGGCAAUGGCGACGAUGACGGUGACGGAGACGGUGAUGGCGAUGACGAUGGAAAUGGAGAUGAUGAUGGAAAUGGAGAUGAUGAUGGAAAUGGAGAUGAUGAUGGUGACGGAGAUGAUGAUGGUGACGGAGACGAUGAUGGUGACGGAGACGACGAUGAUGAUGGGAAUGAUGACGACAACAAGAAUCCCGACGACGAUGACGAUGACGACGAGGAGAAAGAGAUCCACAAGAGACUCAACGAGAUCCGUAUCGACAUUGACCUCGACGACGACUUCCUUCUCUGGUUCUUCGGCCGAUUCAGCUGGACCAUUCGCUGGCGUCUCCGCGUCCUUUUCAACUUGGGAACCAACCUGCCCAACUGGCGUAUCGGAACAAAGAUCCCCAACUGGCGUUGGGAUCUGAACCUUCCCAACUUACGCCUCGGAACCAAUCUCCCAACCUGGGGUCGCUUGGUUGGCAUCGGACCCAUUGGCGGCGGUGGUGGUGGAAACAAUCCCAACGAGCCGGAAGACCCCGAUGACCCAGAGCCUUCACAGCCAACAGCAUCUCCUUCACCUACCUCUUCAGCAUCUUCCUCCUCUUCGUCUUGCACGGAGUCAAUCGCCGUCGCCCCUUACUGCACUCGGCCCUGCGUCGUCUCCAAGGUGUCCAACCAUGUCACAAACACAUGGACGACCAGCUGCGACACCGCCAGAUGCUCGACCAUGGAACUCUGCACCAGCGUCCGCACGACCACGACCACGACCUACACCACCAAGAAGCCGAAGGCCACCGGUGCCUGCCGCCCCGGAAAGUGUCCGGCAUGCAGUGACAGCAAGGUCAAGCGCAACGACGGCCUCGAGAAGCGCUCGACUCUCGAGAAACGCACCAUCCCCGAAGAUGUCAUCGUCCAGGAUACCAUGACCGGCCCCGAGACGUGGGAGAAGGGCGAGACUGACUGGUGGGAGAAUAUGCGUCGCAUCGUGAAGUACUACGGUCCCGGGUAUCACCAGAGCAGCCCCAUUCACGCCGACUCGUCAGCCAUAUACGAGGACUUUUCCGAGACGUACCCGAUGGGAGGCGGCAGCGGACCCGUAUGGGGAUGCGCGAUGGUCGCGGUCUUCUCGCCCACUGGAAUCUACACAAAUCACAUGUGGGAGGUCCCCAACUUCUCGAUUCCCGACGAGGAUAGAGAGGCUUUCGACACUGAUACCUUGAACUACGAUGAGGCGCACUACUUCCGGCAGAACGUUCACCACUUCCUUCGACAUGGCUCUGCGGCCUGGACCGAUCAGAAGCAGUACCCGGCCCUUCGACAUCUCGUCGAGGUCGGAGACAAGCUCGACCCCAAAAACACCCAGUUCUACAGGGUAAUCCUCUUCGUUCCGAUCGAUGUCAGCGGCAACAUGGUGUAUCCUCGGGCCAACCAAGAGAUCAUUGACCUCCUCACCGGAAGACUCAUUGGCAUCGACAAGAAGCACAUCACCAUCUACGGCUACAAGCGUCGCAAGGAGCUCGGCGAGGACCACCACCACGACGAAGGCAAGACUCCUCCCCCUGAGUUCCGUGAAGCAGAGCCCUGGCACGGUCUCCUCUCCUGGAUGUACACUCCCAAGGGAGACAGUGGCAAGAGAGAGCUCGUGGUUCGCUUCGAGAGAGACGUCAUCCACCGCGAGACCUGGUGCGGCGAUGGACUCAUCGCGGGACCUGACGGCAUGCAUGUCGACAAGCGCUCUACUUCAUCGAUUUCCAAGCGACAAGACGACACCUGCCCCGUGCCUCAGUUCUGUAUGCUCAAGAAGAACUGCGGUUCGUGCGGCGGCUCUUCCAGCAAAGAACUUCAGAAACGCGACCCCUGGCCGGGACAGGUCCCAACACCUGACGAAGUGUAUCUCACCAAUGACGACAAGAUGGUCCAGCCCGAGGACUCGCCUGAGGGAGAGUUGAAGUGGUGGCAGUCGAUGCGAAACGUGAUCGAUCAGUUCGGUCCAGGUUUUGGCGGACCUCCUGAUUCCUGGCCUUACGAAGAGGACGAAUACCCGAGGCCUUGGUCAACCAGCGAGAUCACGUUCUUUGACCGGGAGAAGAUUACUGAAGUUCCCGUUGAGAGACCUCGCUUCGGUGGCUCAGGUCCUGUCUGGGGCUGUAGCAUGCUCAUCGUCGUGUCCCCGAAAGCCGUCUGGACCAGUCACUUCUGGGAAGUUCCCGGACACACGAGAGGAGAGGCAGAGCCUAACAACGCGUGGCUCCAGGAGGCGUACCCCCUGCCCACGGAACAGUACUUGAAGGAAGACAUCAUCGACCACAUCGGGACCGGCAACUUCAGAGGUAACAAACGUUCUCUGACCGCGAAUCCCCUAGACGAACAUGAGAACCCGGGGCUUGCCCAGUACUUCCAGCCUGGCGGACCCUUCAAUGUGCAGGAAAUGGAUUUUGUCAAGGCCUUCAUUGUCUCCCGCGGGUCCAUCCCUCCGUUCCCCGAGGACGUGAUGAUGCAUCACAGCGUCGUUGUACAGAUCAAGGAGAAGCUCCUCCUCGACUUUGGACUGUCAAUUGACGAGAUGGUGGAUAUCGCGUAUCGCCCGCACUUCGAGAGCGACCUUGGCAAGUCGAGGCAAGACCAUCCCGAAUGGGGUGUCUUUUCUUGGGAGUACCAUCCGCACGACGACAGCAUGGGGCUUGGCAUAGGCUUCAAGGCCUUGAGGCUGCGAUGGGAGAAGAACGUUGUAUGGGAGAACUUGUGGUGUGGUGAUGGCCACCGGGUCGUGCCGCCUACAGACGAUGACCUGUUCUGGCCGCCUCUUCCGCCAAUUGAUCCCGAGGACGUUGGAGGUGAUCCCAUGAUUGAAGGCCGACAAGCGACCGCUCCCGCUUGCAAGGUUCCAGCGAAGCUGACGCCAUCAUCCUCAAUGACUUUCACGCGCGCCCCACUUGCUCUGCCGCUCCCGACCGAGUCCUGCCUCUCGAACUCUGAGUGCGGCACCCUCAGUUGUCCUGAGAACAGACAGGCGGUGUGCUUCUUCGACCACUGUCGCUGUGUCAUCAAAGAGAGAAACGACAACAUCACAAUCACCUCGAGCCUCACCAACGCCCGCACCAGAGCCUGGUCCACCCGCGUCGCCUCCCUAAACACCACGACCAGCUUCCCCUUGACGGUAGAAACACCCUGGACCGGCACCGAGCCCUUCACGACCGUCGUCCUCUCCGAGUGGGAGCCCAUCCCGACCAAGACAAUCCCCACCGUCAUCCCCCAGCCCUCCGGCGCAGGCUCGACAUGCGCCUGGGCCAGAAACUGCAUCACCCUGCCCUGCCUCGAUGACAUGUAUCCAGCCUGCGUCAAGCCCGCCGACGGCAACCGGUACGGCUGCUACUGCGUCAUGCGGCCCGUCCCCGGCGACGCCUGCGCCGUCGAGUCCGAGUGCAACGAGAUGCGCUGCCCCGAGCACCACUUCCCAUCGUGCUCCCGCCAGGGCAAGUGCCGCUGCGAGCCCAUCCCUCGUCAAGUCGGCGCCGCGUGCAACCUCGACUCACACUGCGCCGGCCUCAUGUCCUGCAACAUCGUCCAGUCCGGCUUCUGCAACGACGGCAGCUGCGAGUGCGCCGUCAAGUUCACCGACGACACCGGCUGCGCCAAGCAUACGGACUGCACCUACGUCCUCCGCAACAACGAGACGCGCCCGUACAAGACGUGCUCGCGCGAGAACAAGUGCGAGCUCACCGUUUCCGAGCCGUUCCACCGCCCCGAGCGCGCCGGCGAGGUGUGCAAGGAGUCCAAGGAGUGCGUUGGUAUUACGUGCGACCAGCGCAGCGACCGCAAGGUCUGCGAGAGCGGCAAGUGUGCGUGCAAGCCGUGGCGGUGUGAUACCCAUGCCAGCUGCUCCGGCGAGUUUGGCCCUGCGAGUUGCGCCUCGGCGAACAAUGUUAUGUGCUGGGAGGGGGAGUGCCACUGCCAGCAUUGCAUGAUUGCGCUUGAAGACGUGGAGGAGUGUGAGGAGGAUAAGGAGUGUGCGAAGAACUGCUGCGGACAGCGGGUUGGCGAGGUCUCGGUUUGUCGCGACAAGAAGUGCGCGUGUGUUUCCUCGUUGUGA